AUGCAUCACUUUCGUCCAGUUCAAUACGAGAUGAAAGCGUACUCGAUUGACAUGGAUCCGGCCAAGUGUCCACAGGCUACGAGUAUUAUGCUCAUGAUUAUGAAUAAUCUUGAUCGUCGUGUGUUUCAAAACUGGGCACAGUAUUUGCUCACCAUGCGCUACCUGUCGGAGCUCACGGAACACCAGACGCUCGUCAUGUACUCGGGUCAUCCCAUGGGUCUCUUUCCAAGUCGUCCAGCGCCACCUCGUAUGGUUGUCACCAAUGGUUUAAUGAUUCCAAACUACUCCACGCGUAUGCUGUAUGACAAGGCUUAUGCUAUGGGCAACACCCAGUAUGGGGCCAGACGACAGCUGCGUAAAAACACCCGUGGUACAGUAUACGUAUCGUCGGGUUUGGGUGGCAUGAGUGGAGCUCAACCCAAAGCUGGAGUCAUUUCUGGCGUUAUCUCCGUGACGGCUGAGAUUAAUGAGGCUGCUGUAAGAAAGCGUCGUGAACAGGGAUGGGUCAACGAGGCAAAGGGCGAGGUGGUGAAUCUGGCUUAUCACGGCAAUGUUUUCACUCUGUGGGAGCGCUUGGCCCACGAGGCAGAGACUACGGGUGAGCUGCUGGUGAAGUUGGGAUCGGACCAGACGUUGCUUCACAACCCGUUCAACGGUGGCUAUUACCCUGUGCAGCUUACCUUUGGCGAGUCUCAACGUGUCAUGGCUCAAGACCCGAUGCGCUUCCAGGAUCUGGUACAGGAGUCUCUACGCCGUCACACUGUUGCUGUGAACCGCUUAACAGCAAAAGCGUCUUGGUGUGAAGCCCGAGGAGGCUGCUGUGUCCACCACGGCCUUCAGGUACCCGAGCUCCGUGCAAGACAUCAUGGGGGAUAUUUUCUCUUUGGGAUUUGGCUCGUUCCAUUGGGUCCCGGAGCAAGUAGCUGCUCAGCUCCGCAAAACCUUCGCUGGAUCGAGGCUGCUGAGGACAACGAAUUGGUUGUGGGCUCGGAGGCCCGUAUCCUGUAUGCCGACCGGGUAGGACGCGGAAUGAUCGCCAUGGCUUUUAACGAUACCGUGGCCUCUGGGGAGAUAUCUGCUCCUGUAGUACUCAGCCGUGACCACCACGACAAUGCACUGGGUGACGCUGCUCGGGGAGCUACAUGGAUUACGCUACACAAUGGUGGAGGCGUCGGGUGGGGUGAGGUCAUGAACGGAGGUUUUGGCAUGGUGUUGGACGGUUCCGACGAUGCUCGUGAGAAGGCUGGGUGCAUGCUCAGCUGGGAUGUGAACAACGGCGUGGCCCGUCGUGCAUGGGCACGCAACGCGAACGCACGCUUUGCUAUCGAUUGUGAAAUGAAGGCUGAUCCUCUGCUGACUGUAACCUUGGCAAAUGAAGCAGACGAUGAUACCGUUCGCGUUGCCGUGAGCAAGCUCUUUUAG